UGUACAAGUGCUGAUGUUCCUACCACUGAUUUUGUUAACAUUAUCAAGAAUGAUUUGAUUCCUAGUGUUAGAGAGGACUUUUACCUUAUGGCUCAAACUAGAACUGUUCAAGAUGGUGACUAUACAACUGCAUUCAGAGGUAUUUCAAGAUGUGGACCGAGAGGAGGCGUUCCAAUUCCAGAUGAUAUCAAACAAUCAGGAUUUGAUGGAAAGAAUACAGAUGUUGUCAUCUUUGUUACUACUAGACCGACUCAAGAAGGCGUUUUGGGAUGGGCUGUUGCUUGCGUUUCAUCAGCUGAUAAUAAUAGACCUAUUGCAGGACAACUCAAUUUAUCACCUAGACUUAUCAGUUAUACACUCAAGGAAAAGAUUUCUGUCGCCAGACACGAAUCUUUGCAUGCUCUUGGAUUUUCUCAAACAUUUUUGAACUAUUUCUAUGAUAGAAAUACCACAAAGGUAACACCUGCUUCAUCUGUUUACUCUAUGGAAACUAAAAAGUUUACAGAUAGUACUGGAUCUGUUAAAACUGCUUCAGUGAUGAAGAUUAAAACUCCAAAAGUAUUGGACAUUGCCAGAAAAUACUAUGGAUGUCCAACAUUGGAUGGUGUUCAAUUUGAAGAAGGAGGUGGUUCAGGAACAGCAUUUUCUCACUGGGAAAAGAGAAUUAUGAAGAAUGAGCUUAUGGUUGGUAGUGUGAGUGGUGAAUUAGUUAUGAGUAGUUUCACUAUUGCCUUUUUGGAAGAUUCUGGAUGGUAUAGAGGAAACUUUAGUCACUCUGAACCUCUAUUAUGGGGCAAGGGAAUGGGAUGUCCAAUGGCCGAUGGAAGAUGUGAAGAUUGGUCAGUAACUGAUAGACCAGGUUAUUACUGUACUGAUGAUCCAUCCAUUUCAACAUGUACAUUUGAUUUGAAAAAGAAGGGUUAUUGUUCCCUUAAUACGUAUGUCUCUUCCAUGGGUUAUUAUGAACAUGUUCCAGGAAGUCCAAAAGCAGGUGGUUCAGAUGCCUUGAUGGAUUAUUGUCCUAUUGUUUCUUCAUAUGCAGAGGGUGAUUGU